UAAAUAAUAUAAACGGGACUGCUGUUAUCAGUACAAAAGAGAUAAAAAAAAAAAAAAAAGACAGAUGCCAUUUUGUAUAAAAGCACGUUACCUUCACGAAAACUGUGACAUUUCUUGCUUACAUUUAUACCACAAUGCUAUUAUUGGCAUUAUUUGCGACUGCUGUUGUUGCAGCUCCAAGCCCGAUCUGCAAAGACGCCUUCCAAAAAGCUGGAAUUUCAAGCAACUAUAAUGAAACCAUAGCUCAUGCUAUUCACUCUAUGACUGUGGAGGGUUUGCAGUUGUUUGAUCCUUUGGCAACGGAACAGAACAGAGUUCCCACGGUGAACCAAGACCUAUCGCAAGUACAGAAAGUUCUGCCUAACGCUCCGCAUUUCCAUACUUCCUCGAACUUUGCUACCCAGACGAUGAACAUCCUCGACAAAAUACUGUCAACAGUAGGAAAUUCUAAAGACGGACUUGGGGCCCAUUGGUCCUCUGUCGAGAGAAUAGCACACGUUUUUCAUAUGUGGGAUCUGUGGGAGAAGAUUUAUGAGACAUCAUGGCCGGAAGUUCUGAUGACCCCUCCUGAACCAACUACAUGUGUAUGCCUGAAGGACACCCGAGCUAAUGGUAUAAAGGCAGCUGUGGAAUGGGUGGCCAAACACUACGAGACAGGGACCCCGAUUACACUGCUGAAUCGACCAAUUCCUAAACUGACCGAUGCCCAGUCCUGGUCUGUGUGGAAACAGCGCCUCUUGCACUACUACACUCCUGAAGCACUUCACGACGCUGCGAUCUACCUUUACUGUGUCACACAUCACUAAAACUAAACACAGAUAAUAAACCUACAGCACCAAGGAAA